AUCAACCCCGCACUAAGCAGUCGGCUGCCGAGUGGCUUCCCUCCCGCCUCGUGACGCCUCUCUCCUACACGCGACACACACACGCCCCUGCCACAUCACCUUCUUCAUUUCUCCCGUCCCGAACUCCCUAUAAUAGAAUACGCGCUUGACGUACGAUUACCCACUACUGCUGCUGCUCCUCCGUAGGUGGAAGCUUCUACUACUACUACUUGCUACUGCCAUGUCGACACGUGCCUCCGCUCGCCUCGCUGCCUCCGCCGCACCCGCGUUCAUCGUCCCGCCGCGGCCGCGUUCUUCCGCCGGCCCCGGGCCGUCGAAGCUGCGAUACGCCACCCGCAGCCGCGGCCGCGUGCCGCCGUACGCGGAAUCCGAUUCGGGCUCCGAAGACGACGACGACGAAGACGGAGAUGCCGGCGAGGACGGCGGCGGCGCCUCUGACGGUGCGGAUAUGAAUCAUGAGCAUGGCCGCGGCGCCCCGGUGCACGUGCGGCAUCUGAACCAGCCCGUGAACCACGCCUUCCAGCCGAACGAUGCAGUGUGGGUGUGCCACCACGAGAAGUGGAUUGGGGGCCGCAUAUUCGCGCACGCCGCCCCCAAGUUAGGCGCGAACGAUAAUCAUGUGUAUUACAGCGUGGUUUACCGUGACGCUUACGGCCACAAUCUGCGGCGGUACUUCUCGCCGAACCUGGGAGAGCUGAAGCCCGAUUCGGCACCGGUCCGAAAGCUGCUGCGUGCGGCGGGCUGGCUCUGAGACCCCACAGCAGUGCUGCUAUUUAUUGACUGACAUAUUCUUACUCCUCGCAUCACACCGCACACAUCUACAUCCCCACCCAAACACUCGCCAUCCACAUACAUUGUCUCUCGCGCAUCCAGUUGUCGUUUUGCUUUGUCGCCUGGUUACUGCUGCAUUCUGUUCAGGUCUUCACGCACCAUCCAUUGUUGUUGUCGUUAUCGCGCGAGUUCCAUUGCAUCUGCUGUAAGCACGGAAGAGCCGGAUCUUGAGCACAAUCUCCGUCCUGCGCCUACUAGCCGCUAGGACAUGUUCUUAGGAAUGCACCACAGUUCUUGGUAUUGGAAGUCCGCGCCUUGCUUUGCAUGUGCUGGUGACAGCUCCUAUCAUCUCGAACUGGAUACCUAGAACCUCGCCUCGUUGAAUACCCAGCGACCGACAGUCUCGAGCCAGGAAGUGCGAGCGUUGGCUCAAAAACAGUCCUGCCUUUGAUCCGGAGCACGUUUUCCGAUCGGUGAUCGACAUGAUCCGGGGAAUGACUCGAUCCAUAUUUUUUUGACGAUGGUCAAGGUCGAUCAUUUCCAUCUCUCCUCCUCCACCUCCUCCACUGACCAGCGAAACAAUGAUCCCCGUUUACGCGCCCCUCGAUGUACGCGCGUCUCCCUUCCGACGAUCUCUCUUGCAGCAUCGUCUUGUAGCAUCGUUCGACCCAGCUGACGUCCACCAGGCGUCUAAAUUGACAGUCGCGCUUGCAUCCGCGCUGAAGGAGAUUCCGCCGUUGGGUCCGUUCGGAGUAGCCAAGACAGACCACAUGCUCGUCAUGUCGCACGACCCAGUGACGGGGUGGUCAGCGCCAGAGAUCAAGCCCUAUGCACCGUUGGAACUGGAUCCGUCAAGCAACUGUUUGCAGUAUUGCACGAACGUGUUCGAGGGGAUGAAGGCGUUCCUCGAUCCACAAGACCGGCCGACGAUGUUCCGCCCCGAGGCAAACAUGGCCCGCCUAGUUGGCUCAGCGGCAAGGAUGGGUUUACCAAUAUUCGACGCCGACCAGCUGCUCAUCCUCAUCAAAAAACUAGUAACCGUCGAAUCGCGGUGGAUCCCGCGCGGCAACGGUGACAGCUUAUACAUCCGCCCGACGAUGAUCGGCACGAAACCAUCAAUAGGCGUCAGCGCCUCCGAGCACGCGAUGCUCUACGUCAUCGUCACGCCCGCGGGGCCGUACUUCUCUACCGGCGGCAAGGGCGGCGUGUCCCUCCUCGCGGUCGACGAGCACGUGCGCUCGUGGCCUGGCGGCACCGGCGCGUUCAAGCUCGGGUUGAACUACUCACCGGGGUUCGUGCCGCAGCGCCUGGCGGCGGACAGGGGUUACAACCAGGUUUUGUGGUUGCUCAACGACGGGCAGAGGAAGCUCGUCACAGAGGCUGGUUCAAUGAACUUUUUCGCGGUGUUCGACGAUGAGGACGGGGGGAUUACCGUCGUCACUCCACCGCUCAACGGCACCAUCCUGCCCGGAAUCACGCGUGACUCCGCGCUAGCCCUCCUCCGCGCCCACGCCGCCUCACCCUCCGCCGGUCUCCUCGCACUCCCCGCCUCCCUCCCGCGGCUCGCAAUUGAGGAGCGCGACCUGACGACAGACGAGCUCAUCGCUGCCGCGCGUGCGGGCAGACUUCGUGAGACGUUUGGUGUAGGGACCGCCGUGCUGGUGGUCGCCGUCGAGCGGAUCGGCAUCUCUGAAGGCGAGCGGGACAUUGGGAAGGUGACAGAUAUCACGAUGAGCCACGGCAAGGGACUGGGGCCCGUCGGCGAUGCGUUGUACGAGAAGAUCCUUGCGAUCAAGGAUGGGAGGGAACAGUUUGAAAACUGGACGGUACUUUGCUAGCAGUCGUUACAUACAAGAUCAAGCUUGGAGCGGCUUCUGACCAGAUACCCAAUAUAAUCACUUGAUAAGGUGAAAAUUGAGUGAUUCAAAAGUGACGUUCAUAUUUGUUAGAUGGCGAUCCAUUCCAUGGCUACCUGAAUGGUGUAGAGAUUUAACAUAGAGAGUUCCGU